CUUCUUUUUUUAAAUCAUGGGGUUUGACUUGGAUCGGUUUGCAGAAGCCGUGGACCCUGACUUAAAAUGCAAGCUGUGCACUAAAGUUCUGGAGGAGCCGCUGUCCACCCCGUGCGGACACGUUUUCUGUGCUGGCUGUUUGCUACCCUGGGCGGUACAGCAGAGACUUUGCCCGCUGCAUUGCCAGUCCAUCUCUGCGAAGGAACUUCACCAGGUUUUUCCACUGAAAAAUCUCAUCCUGAAGCUGGACAUCAGAUGCGAGUACCAUUCCAGGGGUUGUGCAAAGACAGUCAAACUGCAGGAAUUGAGAGAUCAUAUAGAAAUGUGUGACUACAGUCCAGCCCAGUGCAGGAAUAAGGGAUGCCAUGAGGUGCUCGAUUUAAAAGACAUGGACUCUCAUAUGAGGGAGAGCUGCGAUUACAGACCCGUAGGAAUCUGUCAGAAACGGUGCGGAUUGGUACUGCUCCACAAGGAUGCGAUCCAAGGAAAUCACUGCUGUCUCCGGGCACUGAGAGCCCAGAAUGGGGCGCUACAGGUAAAAACGUCCAGUUUGGAGCAAGACACGAAGAAGCAGGCUAUCAAAUGGAGCAAACGAGAAAAAUCGUUGCUGGCUCAGGUAUCAGCACUUCAAAAUGAAGUGCAACUCACUGCACUGAGGUACCAGAAGAAAUUUAACCAGUAUAUGAUCCACAUCAACAACAUUACUAAAUAUGUUGCAAGCCGCUGCAAGGGAGGAGAACAUAAAACGCUUAAUGUGGUUCUUCAUAGAGAAAGUGACAGUCUGGGAUUCAAUAUCAUUGGGGGAAGACCGUGCCAGAAUCAGGAAGAUUCUACUGCAGAAGGAAUUUAUGUUUCAAAAAUCUUGAAAAAUGGCCCAGCAGACAGAGCAGAUGGACUGCAAGUUCACGACAGGAUUGUGGAGGUCAAUGGGAGGGAUCUGUUGAAGGCCACGCACGAGGAAGCAGUAGAAGCCUUUCGCAGUGCCAAGGAACCAAUUGUAGUUCAAGUUUUAAGACGAACUCCCAUCACAAAGAACCAUGGGACAUCUCAGGAAAUCCAUCUGGUGGAUGUUUGCACUCAGACGGACAUUACGUUUGAACACAUUAUGGCUAUCUCCAAGUUAAGGCCAACAACUCCUCCCGUACCUGACAUCUGCCCCUACCUGCUCUCUGACAGCUGUCACUCACUACAUCCAAUGGAGCAUGAAUAUUAUGAAGGAAACGAGUUUCUCUCGAGCAUGCCUGCUGAUGCAGACCGGACACAGGAGUUUGAGUAUGAGGAAGUUGAACUGUGCCGUGUAAACAGCAAGGAGAAGCUUGGACUUACCUUGUGCUAUAGGACUGAUGAUGAAGAGGAUAUGAUCAUCUAUGUCAGUGAGGUUGGGCCAAACAGCAUUGCUGCCAGAGAUGGUCGUAUCAAAGAAGGGGAUCGAAUUUUACAGAUAAAUGGUCAUGACGUCCAGAAUCGCGAGGAAGCAGUGGCAUUACUCUCAAGUGAAGACUGCCGAAAUAUUGUGCUGCUGGUUGCCAGACCAGAAAUACAGCUGGACGAAGGCUGGCUGGAUGAUGAGAGAAAUGAAUUCUUAGAAGAGCUGAACAUGGAGAUGUUGGAGGAACAACACCACGAAGCAAUGCAGUAUACAGCCAGCGAGCUGGAGCAGCCAAAGAAAAGUGAGGAAGAUGGUGGAACGACAGACACAGCCACCACCUCAUCCAACACCCAGGAGAAGGACAGCGGGGUGGGCCGCACCGAUGACAGUGUGCGCAAUGAUGAGAGCUCUGAGCAGGAGAACCUGGGGGACAGCCAAAAGCAAGUUUCGCUGCAGGACAAACGAGAGCUGGGCCAGAGUCAGGACACACUGGUGAGCAAUGAGAUGCCGUGUAACGAGAUCUUUGUGUCUGGUGAAUACAUCGACUUGGACUGCACUGCAGCCCAGGACGAGGACUGCGAGAGGUUCCGCCAGCUGCUGGAGCUCAAAUGUAAGAUAAGAAACAGCGGCGAGUAUGACCUUUACUACAGCCGCAGCAGUACCAUUGAAUGCAGCCUCAAGGAACCAAAUGGGGUAGAACGGGAGCUACAGCUGCUCAACGAAGAGCUUCGUAACAUUGAGCUGGAGUGCCAGAAUAUCAUGCAGGCUCACAAGCGUCAGAAUGCAAGGGAUCAAUAUGCUGAUGUCUGGUCAAUCGAAGAGGAAGGCUAUCGAGAUUAUAACACCAGUGAUGACUUGCAGAGAGCUAAGCUAGCAGAUAUCAUAGAGCAUCCAGAAAAAUCGGACAAGGACAGCUCCAGUGCGUACAACACGGCAGAGAGCUGUCGCAGUACGCCACUGACAGUGGGCCGCUCAUCGGAUAACUCCUUGCAGCGAAUGAUCAACAUUACGAACAAGAAGAAUCUGAGGAGUACCAUUGCAGCACACCAAAUGACUGCCAGACAAGACAUCAAAGAGGCAUGUCUGGCUAAAACUAAAAGUCCGGACAAUUCAGCAGAGCAGUGGGAUAAUGCACCUGAAAGCAAUAAACUUACUGAGCAUGAGAGGUCCAGUGUUCCACAGAUCCCGUAUCUUUCACCAUGCCACAGUUCCCAGUACAGGCAUACCAAUAUACCCACUCAUGCCAGGCACUACCAGAGCUACAUGCAUCUCAUCCAGCAGAAGUCAGCAGUGGAGUACGCCCAGAGCCAACUUAGCAUUGUGAGCAUGUGCAAAGACUUUCAGAAGUUUGCAGAGCCUAAAAUGGAGUGGAAGGUCAAAGUCCGUAGUGACGGGACAAGAUACAUCACAAAGAGGCCAGUGAGGGACAAAAUUCUUAAAGAGCGUGCCUUGAAGAUCAAAGAGGAGCGCAGCGGAAUGACGACAGAUGACGACACAAUGAGUGAGAUGAAGAUGGGAAGGUACUGGAGCAAGGAGGAGAGGAAGCAGCACUUGAUGAGGGCCAAAGAGCAGAGGAGACGACGGGAGUUCAUGAUGCGCAGCAGACUGGACUGCCUCAAGGAAAGCCCUCAAAGUGGCAGCGAAGGGAAAAAGGAAAUAAACAUUAUUGAACUGAGCCACAAAAAGAUGAUGAAAAAACGGAAUAAGAAAAUCUUGGACAAUUGGAUGACAAUCCAAGAACUGAUGACCCAUGGGGCCAAGUCUCCCGAGGACCCACAAGUACACAAUGCCUUGUCUGUUACCACUGUAUAAUAUGGACACUACCAAAUUCGGUAGAAUUUAAUUGCCUCGUUCAAUGUGGCAUUUUUUAAAAAGUUUUUCACAGUUUGUAACCUGAAUACUUUUUGUAA